UUUUAUUGCUUCUGCAUAAAAGGAGAGGGAUCUUGCUCCUCCUUGAUGAUUUAUAUAGUACAUGCAGGCUAUGUUGUCUGUCAUGAACUUGACAGACAGACAGAUUGAACUUGAUUAUGUGAAGGAAGUGCUAGCAGGCAUAUCUGACCACUGUGAGUUCCAGGAAGUUGAUAUGGAGAAGGAACUCUUGGGCUGUCAAUUUGUGUCUGAGGGUAUGUCUACACUAGAAAGGAUCACUCACCAGUGAAGACUUAAAAGACCUAAUCUGCUUCUUGUGAUAGAGAUUUUAGCCCACUGCAGCUUUCAUACAGUAUGGCUAUAAAAGCGGAGGGUGCUCUGCAGAAACGUGAGGAACUCUGCUUGCUUGGGUAACCCAUCUAUAAGUAGAUUGUGAGGUCUUUUGCAAUGCUCAACCCACAAGGGUGUGUUCAUUUUGGAAUACAUUUUAAGAUGGAUAGAAGUGCAGAUUAAUCUUAUUACUUUUGAUGGAGACGGAGGCGAAGGAAGGAAGGAAGAGAAGAGCAAGAAAUAUCCCUACAGCUGAUGUUUUUAAAAUGAAGGCCGCCAGUGGAAGAAAGUGAGUGAAGAGAAUGAGGGAGACCACAGAGAAUCUACAUUUGCAUUUGAUGGAACAUAAGAGCUGGUUGAAAUUUUCAGGCAACAAAGUAUUUACACCCUAAGUCAUACCCCACAAAUCAGUGGGUUUGCGAGAAUGAACAAAGCAUGCAGCAUGUGGUCCUGACACAGCACGGAAUAUCAGCAGAUGUUCAAGAAAGAAUCUCUUGGUGUCUCUGCAGGGAUCCAGAGCUGAGAAUAACUGCUAGAAAAUGGCACUAUCUAAGAUGGAGUUGAAGAUAUUCAAAAUGAUUUUGUUUUUAAUUGUAGUAUUCGCCCCUGCUUGUUUGUAUUUAUUCAAUCCAAAUUUGAUUGCAAUCGUUAUAUUCUGGCAAAAGAAGGAAGAGGCCACGGCACUGACUUUUAUAGCAGAGAGCAGAAACUUUUUGCAGUUGCCAGCUAUAGACUGCAGUAGGACUCCUCCAUUCCUGGUACUCCUUGUGACAUCAUCACAUGGCCAAAAUAAAGCUAGGAUGGCUAUCCGUCAAACAUGGGGGAAACACAGACUAGUUGAUGGCAACCGCAUCGUGACAUAUUUUCUUCUGGGAACCACCAUGAACCAAACUGAUCAAACUGGUAUUAUUGCUGAAAGUCAGAAUUACAGAGACAUUAUCCAGAAGGAUUUUAUAGACACAUAUUACAAUUUGACUUUAAAGACAAUGAUGGGAAUUGAAUGGGUUCACAAAUUUUGUCAUCAAUCCAGGUUUGUGAUGAAAACUGACUCAGAUAUGUUUGUCAAUAUCUUUUACCUGACUGAACUUCUUUUAAGAAAAAACAGAAGCACUGGAUUCUUCACAGGCUUUUUAAAGACGAAUGAGCUCCCAAUAAGAAAUAUAAAUAGUAAAUGGUAUAUGAGUAAAGAUGAAUAUCCAGGAAGCACGUAUCCUCCAUUUUGUUCGGGGACUGGUUAUGUUUUCUCCACUGAUGUUGCUAGUCAGGUUUAUAAUAUUUCAGAAAGUGUCCCUUUUAUUAAACUGGAGGAUGUUUUCAUAGGACUGUGUCUUGCUAAACUAAAAAUCAAUCUGGAGGAACUUCAUUCAGAACUGACAUUCUUCUCAGACAGGGUUGAGUUCUCUCUUUGUCACUUCAAGAAAAUUGUGACAUGCCAUUAUGUGAAACCUUAUGAGCUGCUGAUCUACUGGAAUGCACUGGAGAGCUCAAUGGAUGAAAAAUGCCCAGAUGUUUGAAAUAGCUGAGCUAACAAAGUGACACAAAAAAGCUACAGGACCAGCCUUUAGUAGGGUUAUCACCUGGCCAGCACUUGACUGGCCUGGCCAUUUUUUUAUGGACUUGCCAGUUGCCAGAAAAAUAAUGUAAUCUGCCUUUUUUUUACAUGUGUCUAAAGAUUUGCAUUAUUAUUACCACAUGACACAGGGAUAUUUUAUGUUAAAAAUUUCUGUGUCCAGCUAAAGAUGCUGCAGUGUUCCCACUUCCGCAGCUUAAGUGAGAAAAUGAUGUUAUCAAUCUUAUCUAUAUGUGCUCUCUCACUAGAUACUGUAACUGGCUACUGGGGGCAGGAUUUGCAGAAUUGUCUUGUAGGAGUGGGAGUGGUGCCGUUUUUUUUUGCAUUUCAAAGGUGAUAACCCUAACCCAGGGAUAGGCAACCUAUGGCACGCGUGCCAAAGGUGGCACGCGAGCUGAUCUUUAGUGGC